AUGACCGUGGAUCUUGAUCAAUAUGCAAAGCCAGGCAAGGGAUACUACCUUGCUCUCGGAUUGGAGGGCUCUGCCAACAAGCUUGGUGUGGGAAUCAUAAAGCAUCACUUGGGCCAGUUAUCUUCAACUAACAGAGCUGAAGUCCUCUCCAACGUGAGAGACACCUACAUUACUCCACCAGGAGAAGGUUUUCUUCCCCGUGACACUGCCAGACAUCACAGAAACUGGGUGGUCAGAAUCAUCAAGAAAGCAUUGGUGGAAGGAAAUGUUCGUGGGACUGAUCUUGACUGUAUUUGUUUUACUCAAGGCCCAGGAAUGGGUGCUCCUCUACAGAGUGUGGUGAUAGCAGCCAGAACAUUGUCACAACUCUGGAACCUUCCUUUGGUGGGUGUUAACCACUGUAUUGGUCACAUCGAAAUGGGACGAGAGAUUACUGGUGCCCAUAACCCAGUUGUGUUGUACGUUAGUGGAGGAAACACCCAAGUCAUUGCAUACUCCGAUCAGAGAUAUCGGAUUUUUGGGGAAACUUUGGACAUAGCCAUUGGUAACUGUUUGGAUAGGUUUGCCAGAACGUUGAUGAUCCCCAACGAACCAGCUCCUGGUUAUAACAUUGAACAAAUGGCCAAAAAGGGCAAGCAUUUAGUCAGUCUUCCAUACACCGUGAAGGGAAUGGAUUUAUCCAUGUCAGGAAUUUUGGCUAACAUCGACCAGAUUGCCAAAGACUUGUUUGGCAAAGCCAAGCAAGUGAAAAACAAGCAACUCAUUGACGAAGAAACUGGUGAGCCAAUCACCUCGGAAGACUUGUGUUUUUCCCUACAAGAAGUAUUGUUCUCCAUGUUGGUGGAAAUUACUGAAAGAGCGUUGGCCCAUGUCAAUUCCAACCAAGUGUUAAUUGUUGGGGGUGUCGGGUCUAACGAGAGGUUGCAAGAGAUGAUGAAACUCAUGAUUCAAGAUAGAAAGAACGGUCAAAUCUAUGCCACAGAUGAAAGGUUCUGUAUCGAUAACGGAAUAAUGAUUGCCCACGCGGGACUUUUGAGCUACAGAACUGGCCAAACCAACGACUUGUGGAACACCGUUUGCACCCAGAGAUUCAGAACUGACGAGGUAUUCAUUAAGUGGAGAGACGAUUGA